AAGGCAGACGUGGGUUACAAGUGGCGCUUAGUUUGAAGUCUGCCGCUCGUCACGAUACAACGUCCGUCUUUUUAGUUCCCUCAUUUCGAAAGCCCAGCGGGAUGAUCAUGUUCUACCGGAAUUCUUCCUACCAACCAGUGUGAAAUUAAAGAAAAAAAAAAUUUAAUUAAUAAAAUUAAACAGUGGUGAUCUUCUCCAAUUUGCAAUAGUUUAAAGAAGAAUCUGGACCUGCUCAAGUGUUGUUCCUUUUUUGUUUUCUUCAUUUGUUUUUUGUUUUUCUUCGAGUAAAAGAGAAAAAACAAAAAUGUCGGCUUAUGACAACGUGUUCCAACGUCCGACGUCGCUUUUCUUCGCGUCGAGCAACAAGUUGAAUCACCAUCACCACAACAACAGCAUGAACAGCAUGUUGAACAGUCCCAUCGGCGGAGUGGGUGGCCAUAACGGCCACAUGAUGAUGAACGCGGCGAGCAGCGGCAACAGUUUGGGUGGCAUGAAUGACGUGUUCGCCGACGAACAAGAAGAUCAAAUCGUGCCAGACUGUUCGGUAGCUCCCAAAUUGGACUUGUCUCCGAUGAACGAACCGUGGGUCAACGGCGUCGUUUCCAACGACGCAACUUGUGGAUCUCACGGGUUCCUCACCACCGCCGUUCACCUGAGUCUCCAAGAGGGCUGCGAUCUGGACGCCUACCUCCUCAGCAAAUUAGAUUGGCCGCAGCAGCAAGUUGAUUCGCAGCACCAACAGACGGCUGCCAUGCCGGCCAACGUGGCCGUCGUCGCGGCGUCCAGCGUCGACGAAGACGCCGUCUUGGGUCUGAUGGAUCCGGCGCUGAAAGCGCGUCGCGAGAGCGCCUCACAAAUCGACGAGUUCUUCGAAGAGGCCGUCGACGACGGCGGACGAGGUUUGCUGAUGGGCCUGGCCGAAAGAUUCUCCUCGCUGGCCGAAAGUCGUGACUGGGACGACAUCACGACGAGCCUCAGCAAAAUCGACCCGGACAACGCCGAAAUGCUCGAACUCGGACAACAACCCACGGCCAACAGCAAACAGGCAACGCUGUCGUCGGUGAAAAUCGAGCCCAGGGACGACCAUGCGACGGACAACAACUUCGUCCAGCACGGCCGUCACGCCAACGGACGCAGCGAUUCCUCUCCGUCCUCGUUUCACCACGUCCAGCAUCAUCAUCCGGCGGCCAUGAUGGCCCCCGUGUCAUCGUCUCCAUCGUCUUCUUCGUUGGCGGCUGUCAAUAAAGCAGCACUCAAUCAUCAUUGCAUCCAGCGGUUCAACUAUUCCAACGGAUUUUUGCCGCCCACGCCUCCCAGCUCGGACCCAGGCUCGCCCAGUCAGGAUUCGCCGCAUCGCAACAAACCUCCCCCGCCGCCUUAUUCGACGCUGCUCGGCCGAACUAAACAGCCGUCAUCGUCAUCAUCAUCAUCGUCGUCUUGUUCGUCCUCCUCGUCGACGUCAUCCAGCAGUUCAACACAAGAAACCGACAAACCGCCCACAAUUAAAUAUAAUCGACGCAAUAAUCCCGAACUGGAGAAACGACGGAUCCACCACUGCGAUUUCCCCGGCUGCACCAAAGUCUACACGAAGAGCUCACACCUGAAAGCCCAUCAGAGGAUUCACACAGGUGAGAAACCUUACCGCUGCCAUUGGCCCGAAUGUCAGUGGCGCUUCGCACGUUCCGACGAGCUCACGCGUCACUACCGGAAACACACGGGUGCCAAACCGUUCCGCUGCAAGGUGUGCGAACGCUGUUUCGCCCGUUCUGAUCAUCUCGCCCUCCACAUGAAACGCCACCUGCCCAAAGGUUCCAAAUGUUAAUUUUUCUUUUUUCUUCAGAAAAAAAAUGGAAGACAGAAGAAGAACAAAAAAACCUGUGGUCGUCCACGGAAUGGAGGGGAAUUGCGAAUGAAAUAACAAAACAAUCGUUUAAUUAUCACCACCUGAGCAAAACCAAAAAAAAAAAGAAGAAGAAAGAAAAAGAAAUGAUAGGAGAAGAUAACACAGGGCGACACUAUAUAGGAAAUUCGACUAAUACAAUAUCAUCUAAUCUCUUUUUUCUUAUAUGCAUAUUGUGCGCAAUCUAGUACAUCAAAUGAUUUGAACAUUUCGUGCGUUAUACGUUUUUCCUUUUUUUAAUUUUUUUUUGUAACACCAACACGAGUGUUUUUUUUUUUUUUGUAUCGUGUUGUUUCAUGAUUGUCCAAAUGUGUCCUCCAUUUUUUCUGGCGUGUGAAACGUCCAUACGGCUUUGGUACAUACAAAGAACCAACUCAACCAAAACGCGGCACUAGCCAAAACAAUAAUAAUCAUUUGAUUCUAUAAUUCUUUUUUGCAUCAUUCAGUUUUUGAUAUUGUCGUGAAACACAAAAAAACAACAAAAAAAGACACGUUAAACGAACGCGCUAUUCUGUCUCUUCGAUGACAUUAGCGUGUCAAAUAUAUAAUAAGAAUGGCGCCGAUAGAUUCGUAUUGUGUGUGUGUGUGUGUGCCUCUCCUUUUUCCGACACGCCAUUCCAGUUACGAUCACAUGUUUCGGCUCUUGUGUGAUGUCUUCUCUCGUGCUUAUAAAUGACUUGCUUAUGUAUUGUAUACACGUGUCCAUCGAAAGCAUUUCGUAUAUUCCUAUAGACGAACGACCACGAAAUGGCCAAACGGGGAAGACAACAAAAAUCGCCUAUUCAUAUGUAUAUCACACCGUAUAUAUAUCUAAUAACGUCAUCAUUUGUUACGUCGUGCCUUUUGCUAUUGGCUCAACAACAAAAAAAUCAUAAAAAAAGAAAGAAAACUGGGUCUAUCUAACUAUUUACAUAUGCCUCUCUCUAUACAACCGAUUUCUUUCCACCUCCAAUUGCUCUAUCCAUUUUUGUUUUUUGUUUUUUUUCAUUUCUUCUUGUCGGAGCUCAGACACGACGACCCACUCAAAAUGCAUAAUGCAUGCGACAACCGACAUUUUGUUUCUAUUUAAAACAAAUUGCGAUUAUCUUUGUUAUAAAUACGCACGCACGACAAGGCUAUUAUUUUGAUUUUGUAUUUAGCCCGUCUCUUGAAAAAAAUUUAAAAAUAAAAGAUGGCCACCGCACCAAACUAUUGUUGUGGCGGUUGAGCACUGGUGACAUCACGCACGAAACGAAACGACCCUGGUCUUGUCUGAGGCUCUUAUACGAUUAUCACUAUACCAUCCACGUAUAUGGCCAUCUCUCUCCUUUAAUGAUUUUCUCAUACGAAAAUAUGUUUUUUGUAACUCUCUUUUUCUCACAAUUCCUCCCUUGUGGUUGUAUUAUUAUUACAUAAUUUUUGUUUUUUAAUUGUCUCUCCCUCUAUUUUCAAAAAAAAAAUCAUGUUGAUGUGUUUUUAUUUCCCAUCAAAACAACAAAUGAAAAGGGAGAUGUGACCUAAACUCUGAUGAUUGGAUGGCGCUCGAGAAACGGAAAAGUGCCAUCAAUAUAUUAGUGAAACAUUGUGCCAAUUAGUAUUGUGUUAUCCUCUCGCCUUGAAUAUGACUUUGUUUCCUUUUUCUGUAUUCGAUAUCCGCUCUCACGCACAAUCAUUUUUUUUUGGGGGGUUGGCAAACUCCGAUGCGCAAUGUCUCCUGUCCCAAGUUUCCCUAUUAUGCUAGUACAUACAUACUUACUCCCACUCACACAAAACAAAACGCAAGUAUAGAUAUACACACCCCUGCCCCCUCAAAUAAUAAAAAAAAAAUCAAAUCAAA